AAUCUUAUUUUAUCAUAUCUGGCAUUCUUAUCCGUUUUGAAGUUUCGUUUGUUUAUCAAUAUAUCGAUUUUCAAUGAAUGUCUAAUAAGAACGAAAGUCCUGGUUCUAAAUAUUGUCUGUUAAUAUUCUCAACUCUAUAUAAAUUUUAUGCAUAUAAAAACAAAUUUAAAGUAUAUUACAAUUGUCAUUUUUUUUAGAUAUAUUGGAGAAAUAAAGUGAAUGGAAUGUUACUGGAGAUAAAGAAUCACUUGAGUGCUUGUGUAAAUUGCUGAAAACUAAGGAUGGAAAGUUAUUUUACACAAAUGCAAGAGAUGGUAGAUAAACGUUUAACUAGCUCCAGGGUCCGUUUCAUGUUGCAAGAAGUUAUAGAUUUAAAAGGGAAUGAUUGGGUUCCUAGAAGAGAUGUCAAUAAUCCUAAAACCAUUGAUCAAAUUCACAAGGAAACUGAAUGUAAAGCACAUGGACAACAACAGAAUCUACAGAACAUGUCCUUCCCAGAAAAAGGAAGACCCAUUCAUACUCCAUUCAUUCAUCCAAAGAGAUACUGA